UGAUUGGUGAAGCGAGUGCAAUGACAAUGACAACAAUUGAAUCCGGAGGUCCUUUGGCGAAUCCGUCAUCAAGUAGUAAUUCCGAUUCACCACCAGUUGGAAACGAACUUUCUUCAGCGGCAGCCAUAAAUUCAGGAACCACCGACCCAACCCUGACGACUAAUUUAAAUUCUGGAAAGUUACUGCAAAAUGCAGCUUCCUCUUUGGCUAACAUUCCAAUGGACCAAACGACGCAGUUUUCAUCUGGCUCAGUCAAAGCGACUUCAAAAGCAGCUUCUCUUUUGUCAACCCAAUCAAAUAAUUUAGCAGGUGGCGCAACCACGCCAGUAAUAGGAGCUUUGACAACUUUGACAACAACUGUAAAAUCUGGAACUUUAAUUACUGCAAAAGCAGGAGCAACAAGCUCGUCCGGAACAACAUUAAAGCCAAUUUCUAAUCCCACCGCGGGCAGUCAAAUUUCAACAACGAUGUCCCUUGCGAAGUCUGCGACGACCCUCACAACUACUUCACAAAUUGCAGGAACUACCACAACUUUAAAGGCUUUACAAACAACUACGACCACUACAACUUCCACAACAACGACGACCGCAACCACCACAACAACCAGACCACCCUGUCUUACAUAUCCAUGCUCUGUGAAAGCCGGUGCUUUGAAUGCCAACGGACAAGUUGAUACUACAAAACUGCAAAAUGCGACUUUCCAGCAGGCCUGUGACCGGCUUUAUGUUUUCGGACUUGAUCUGCUCAGUUGGACCGAAGCUGCGAGUUAUUGCUGCUCACUUGGCAUGCAGUUGCUCAGUAUUGAAACCAGAGAAGAAAUGGUGUGCAUCUACGAUUUGAUGAACAGCGAAGAUGGAGCAAAUUUGACGGGCGAGUAUUUCACCUCCGGCUCUGAUUACCAAAUUGCGAGCAGCUUUGUUUGGUGCACGGCGAAUUUCACACCUUUUAACUCGAGUGCCAUUUAUUGGAACCGAGAUGAACCAAGCAAAACCAGUUUUCUCGGUGCUCAGGAGGAUUGCGUUUCGGUGAAAUUAAGCACCGGGCAGCAGAAGAAAAACGUUUUAAACGACGUCGAGUGUUCGGCCAAAAUGAAAUUCAUUUGUGAAGUCCCUGUUCCACCGACCACUAAACCACCUUGCUUGCCAUACACUUGUGAAAUGAACAAAACGCUUUUGGACAGUGACGACUUUCUUAUGCCUAACGCGCCAAUAAACGGCAACUUGAGGAUAGCCUGUGGGCGAAUGUAUUUUUUCGGCAAAGAACAGGGUGAUUGGGCGAGUUCUGCUUCAAAAUGCUGCCAAAUGAACAUGCAUUUGACGGCAUUGGAAACUGUCGAGGAACGACAAUGCUAUAAUAAUAUGAUCAGAACUCCAUAUUACGGCACCGGCUUUCCAUUUAUCACAUGGACUGGAGCGAGCGACCAAUACCACGAGAAUUUAUUCACUUGGUGCACCCCAAAACGAGGCUCAAACAUAAUCAAUUCUGCUUUGUUUAGUGGAAACGAACCAUCCAAUGGUGGAGGUAUAGAAAACUGUGUCUCUCUAAACGCAGAUGCAGCUAAAAAUGUCGCGUACAACGACGCAAGUUGUGCAACCGUCUAUCGGUACAAUUGCGAGACAGUGGCACCCGAUUGUCCAUUCCCGGAGUGUCCCGUGUACACGUGCGUCAAGGACCCGGAAAAAUACGCCCUAUCAAGAGCUUGGAAAAAGCCACCGGAUGGGGAAUUUCGGAGCUCAUGUGGAAAGCAAUACUUCGUCAGCAACAUCUCGUUAAAUCCCACAGAAGCUCUAGCUGAGUGCUGCAAAUACGGAUUGAAGUUGCUGAGCGUCGAGAGCAAGGAAGAACUCGACUGCCUAGUCGACACGAUUAAAAUGGAAGUUAGAACUCCCCAAUACAAUUACUGGACUUCCGGGACGAAUCUUGGUUACGGCUGCGACUUCACCUAUGGCUGGUGCGGGAACAACGUUCUGGCCCCGAACAUUUCGGCAAUUCUCGAAACGCCAACAAACCCAUUGAACGAGAGAUGCAUUCAGUUCAAACCUGCAAAUAGCACUUUGGACGACUUGAGUUGCUCCAUUAGACAAAGAUUUAUUUGUGAAGGAUAUGUUCCAGACUGCACACCGACCUGCCCAGCUCUAUGUCAAAAAAAUCCAUCGCUGUUUAACAAAAAAGAUGAGCUUAUAAAUGUCGCCUCUUAUGGGAAAUGGUACACUUUUGGCUCCAGUACCUACAUGUUCAGCUCGGCAAUGGUAAAUCAAUCAACGGCUAAUGAUAUUUGCUGCAGCAUAGGCAUGAAUCUAGUUUCCAUUGAAACCAAUGAGGAGUUGCAAACUUUGAAAACAGUGGCAAAUGCUCAACACUUUACAAGUGGAUCGCAGAUAGAUUGCGACUUUAAAUACAAGUGGUGCGGCUCAGGAGUCAGAUUCCAUCGUAACGAUUCAAGAUGGGUGCCAGGCCAGCCUAAUACAUAUCAAGGAAGCCAAGGUUGCAUCGUAUUGAUUAAUAGCGGCUACUUAAACGACGUGGACUGCUCGGCACCUUUCAAUUUCAUCUGCGAAAUGCCUGCUUUGCCUGCAUGCACUAAAGCCACCUGCCUGGACGUGGAAUGUGAAAUUGAUCCCGUAAAAUACAUGCAGUCUAUUGCCUGGAAGGAUGUUCCCAAUGGCUUCUUCAGAAGUCUCGGCGGUCGACAGUAUUUUUUAAGCUCAAUUCUAACUACAUACACAGGAGCGAGUUUAGAAUGCUGCAAAAUGGGUCUAGAGUUGCUUUCUAUCGAAACACUAGAGGAGAUGGAUCUACUGAGGAAAAAUAACAUUUUUGGUCUCGCAAAUAGCGUGUACAUCUUUUGGUCGUCGGGAUACAAAGACGGAAUUGGUUGUGACAAUUUAUGGGGUUGGUGUCCGUCUGGCACGAAUGUGUCCCUCACCGUUCCGUGGGUCAAUGAUCACGUGGAAACUUGCGCCAUAGUGCAGUUUGGUGGUGCCCCCAGCAUCCCGGUACUUGUAGACGAUCACCCUUGUGAUUUAAUGCAUUGGUAUAUUUGUGAGGGCUCCGUAGCAGAAUGCAAACCGUCUUGCCCCGUGAAAGUUUGCUCAAAAGACCCGAGCUUGUUUGACAGUGCUGGGAAAAUCAUAAACCCUGGCCAAUAUGGCACUUGGAGGGAUGCUUGCGGUGGAAGGUACUUGUUCAGCAGUAUAAGAACUACAUAUUACGACGCCUAUAAAAUCUGUUGCAAUCUUGGAAUGCAAUUGUUCAUUAUGAAUGACGACGUCGAGUUAAAAUGUUUGACAGAUCUCAAUAAUGCCGAUAUGAAAUUUGGCGGAACUUUUUUGACCAGUGCCAGUGGCCAAGAUUGCAGAGUGCGUUAUGAGUUUUGUCCGGACACUGGCAUCUAUUUUUAUUCCAAUGAUACUAGAUGGUCACCUGGCGAAGGCCAAGCCGGCGAGACUGCUUUGAUACUUAUAUUCAGAGUGGGGAGCUCUACUGUAUUUGGAGAUCAGUUUUUCUCUUCAAUUUACAAUUUCAUCUGCGAGGGACCGGUAGUUUAAGAAAUGGAAGGUAGCAACAAUCAUCACAAAUUUGUAUAUUAAAAUUUAAGAUAUCUGAUGGUUAAAAUAGAUAUUUGCAAUUAAUUUCAAUAAUUUAGAAACCAAGAUACAAAUUAAAUUGUAAAAAAGUUUUACACUCUGCGCAAA